AUGGCUCCGACGCUGAGAACCAGGGGCAAUGCGCAAGCCUCGAAGACUGUUGCUAGUACUGGAAAUAAGAGAAAACGAGGUGGAGCUUCAGCUACACAUGCGGAUCCGGCGCCAAAGAAACAGAAAGGGAAGAAGACAGCGGAUGCUGUUUCCGACAAACAAACAGCGGAUGCUGUUUGCGACAACCGAACAGCUUGCCAGAAAGCUGCUGAAGACGAGGCAAAAGCCAAAGAGUUCCGCAUCAAGUUCUAUCCGGAAUUCUACCCACCGCACCCAGGAGAUGUCCCUGAAGAACAUCAGAUAAAGUUCAAGCAUAUUCAGCAACUGGGCAAGAUGAGCUACGAGUCGUAUGCGAUACAACCUCGACCUGACACCAUCGACAAGCCAUGGGAGCUCGAGAACAAGAGGCGGGCUAAGCAGAUGAUCUACUGGGCUGUUCGAUCGAGGGAUGAUCACCAGAACGAGGAUAGCUGGAGAAUGGAACUUGAGCCCUACGUCUUUAAACGGUUUAAGAUCGAAGUUGGAUGUUUGAGUACAGGACUGACCGAUAUCUUCACGUAUCGUAUUGGCGAGCGAAGCCUCAUCCAGAACGACCCGGAGAAUCGUCAUCGAAUUAAGAAGCAGCCUGAUCGAGUCUACGGACUAAGGACUACCGAAGCUAUGGCGGAGAGUUUGCAGCAACUACACAUUUCCCACUUGGGAGAGAACACUGCACUCAAAUAUCUGUCUAAGAGACUGACUAUGAGCUGCAAUCCAGACGGUGGUGACCAACCCUGCAUAUACCCUUUCCUAGCGAUGGAAGCCAAGAGCCACAAAGGCGAUGGCAAUUGGAAAGACAUCGAGACGCAAACAGCAAUACCGAUACGAAACCAUCUGUACCUACAGCUGCAACUCCAAGAUGACCCGGACAACAAGAUGAAGGUACCUGGAGGCCCGCUAUCUUGGUUUCUUGCGUACAGGGGAGAAGAAUGGAAGGUAUACGGAUGUUACGUCACAAAGUCUAGUCCAGACAGUCUGCCUUCUUACAAAGUCAUUCUUCUAUGGGAGGGGAGUAUCACCCGCCACGAUGCAGCACUCCAAUUGGUUCUCAUUAUGGACUAUAUCGUUGAUUGGGCGCGUGAUAUCUACCGGCCCAACAUCAUUAGACAACUGAAGUCUGUAGUAGACAAAGGUCAGCAGUCAUCCUACACAGUCACCGCAGACCCCGAUAUCCUCUCAAGGACUGGUUAUGCAAACUCUCGAAUUGGCGAUGGACCUUUCGCUGCUACUAGCAGAGCUGAAACCGCUGAGAUACAUGCGAAACCAGCCUUCGAUGCAAAAGACUCCACUAUUGUGCCUGCUCUCAAACCUCUCUUUAAGAGCACUGGAGAGCAUGUCCAUAUCAGGGUCUGGGAAAGCGCCAUGUACGAGUCACGAGUACGAGGACUGUAUAUCACCGGAACCGACAACGACGCUAAGAGCCACAUCAAGCGAAGGGGCUGGGAUAGAUUGAGAACGGUUCAUGUGAACCGCUGUUGGUUCCUCUUAUCAAGUGCCCAGGGAAUCAAAACCAUCGAACAGGCAUGGACCGGGCUCCAAGACACCAAGGACGUCGAAGAUCUUCCGCAGCAGAAAAUAUUGGUUUCGCUUUGUGUGCAAUACCACAAUGACAGUGAGGGUGCGCCUAUACGAGAAUUGACGUAUAUUGCGCUUACCGAGUCAGUCGUCCCGCCCAUGUGGGAACUUCAAGAGAUACUAGAGCAGAACGAGCUGGUUAUUUCCGCCGAAGACCUUGACCUCAAGCUGCGUGAAGCUUGGGCUUCAAGUCCUGAGAGCUACUUUCGGCGUUACGCCAGCGACCAGACUAGCGUGCUUUGUGUCACCGCAUCUGAACAAGAAAAAUUGGAUGGCCGUAACGUCCUCAGCUUCCACAGCGACAGCGAGGUCGCGCCCUGGGCAAGAAGACUGGAUGACUUCAUCAAGCGCACUUGCGAGAAUCCACGAGCGGUACUUCGCAGAACUUACGCACCAUGUUUUCGAUACACAAAGGCCUAUCAUUCGCUUACUGUGAAGCCCUAUUGUGUCUCAGACCCUACCCAAGACUGUGUUUUCAUAAACACCACAGCGAUGGCCGCUGGAAUAUGGGUUUACAUCACAAAUACAGCAUCUGAAGAAGUCAAUGCUACAUGGGUAAUUCGGCAUCUUGUACAGAUCGUAGCGAUCUAUUGGGACAGGCAAGUGCAAGAUCAUAACACAUUCUAUAAGGUAUGGCGAUUUCCACACAAGAUUCUACUCUGGAUUGUGUCAGAUCCUCAAUGGGAUCUGGUCAUCCUCCUGCGCUUCACGCCUUCCGGAGAACACCACAAAUACGACUUCGCCAUGCUAUCGCAAAUACGCACCCACAUCCAGUCAUGGUGGCAACAAACACCUUUACCAGCAGCUGCCGCAACACCUAGGUUCCAGAAAUGGCACGGCUUUGACCAAGACCAGUGGAUGCCCUUCACCAGCGACAAGACUUCUACACCCGGCAAACACCAAUGGGCGGGUUCGAUCCGCCUUGUGAGUUGGAAUGUAAACGCAGAUGCACCGUCACCAAAGUCUCGUAUGUCUGCAUUACUACGUGCCAUAGAGACUGCAGGUGCUGCAGACGUUGUUUUCCUGCAAGAGGUGUCAAGAGAAGGUCUUACAGCACUGCUAGAAGAUUCCUGGACACAGCAAAACUGGUACAUAAGCGAUGUCGAUGCCUCCGCGUAUGGAACCCAGAAGUUCAUCAGCAUCACCCUAGUGUUCAAACACUGGGUAGCUACUGAUAGUAUCAAGCUAGGCGGUAUCUGGAGAGUCGCAUUACCUAGUCGAUUUGGACGCGACGCGCUGUGUUGCGAUCUGAUCUUUAACUCUUCAAGCAAGCACACUUCCGGUCGAGUGUCCACUCGCAUUCGACUCAUUAACGUCCACCUGGAUUCUUUGCCAAUCAAUCCGUCGAUGAGGCCGCGUCAAGUCUCCACCUGCGCGUCGUAUCUCAGCGCAGCAGGUCGCGGGAUUAUCGCCGGCGACUUCAAUUCCAUUCUUCCGGAAGAUGACGACCUUGUCAGUAACAACGGUCUUGCGGAUGCGUGGGCAGAGCUUCAUCCGAAUGAUUCAGGCCAUACCUGGGGCGUGUACGGUGAACAGUCUUUCCCACCAAACCGGUUGGACAAGGUUGCUCUGUUUAAACUCAACCCUUCAGCCAUGCGCGUCCUGCAAACGAGCGAAAUGGAAUCCUACGGCGCAGAGACGUCGGCCGAUGGAGCGGAAUCGGGGUCGGAAGCGCAUUUCAGCGAUCACUUGGGUCUUUGGUGUGACGUUGGGUGGGCAGAAGACCGACCAAACCAGGAUUGA